CCGUUACGUCGAAUCGAUUCUAUUACUUCGACUUAUCGAAGACCCGAAAGAACAAACGGAGAAAAGCUACAUGGUUUGAGUACCAGUCUCGAUCUCCGUGCCCUUUUCCCGACAAAUCCUCGCAAGUAACGACGAACCCUCCCCAGUGUUUGUGGGCGUGCGAUGGACGGGAUGGCGAUUGCCGAUCCUCGCCCCAGUCUGAUGGUCACCAACGACGACGGCAUCGACGCGCCGGGGCUCCGGUUCCUCGUCGACCUCCUCGUCGCCGCCGAUCGGUACCGCGUCCUCGUCUGCGCUCCCGAUUCUGACCAAUCUGGUGUUGGACAUGGCAUUACUUGGCGUCGUCCUCUCAGUGCUAAACGUGUUGAGAUUAUGGGUGCUACAGCUUUUGCAGUAUCAGGCACUCCUGCAGAUUGUGCUUCUUUGGGAAUUUCUGGGAAACUCUUUGUUGGUACAAUUCCUGAUUUGGUGAUUAGUGGCAUCAAUAUUGGUAGCAACUGUGGAUACCACAUUGUAUACUCUGGGACAGUAGCCGGUGCGCGGGAAGCAUUCUUAUAUGGUGUACCUUCUUUAGCUAUAUCAUAUAACUGGAAGGAAGGGAAGAGCAAUGUUCAUGCCCUGAGGCUUGCUGCAGAUGCUUGUUUGCCUCUCAUAAAUGCUGUACUGAAUGAGCUGAAAACCAAGACAUAUCCUGAAGGUUCAUUUUUGAACAUAAUUGUGCCAACAGAUGUUGCAAAUCACAGGGGAUUCAAGAUAACAAAGCAGGGAAAAUUUAUGAUCAGAUUUGGGUGGGAGCAAACAAAAACCAGCACACCAGCUGUAGAGACCUAUCAAAAUGCAAAUAUUGAUGUUGACUCUGCAUCGGGCUUUGGUAACAAUGCAUCAUCAAGUCUGGUGGAAGAUGAACUCUUGUUUAAGAGGGUGAUUAUCAAGAAGAACAGUGUAGAAGCGGAAGAGGACACAGAUCACAGGGCCAUGGAAGAAGGAUAUAUUACAAUCACCCCUUUAGGUGCCCUCUCACGCGCAGAAAUGGAAGCUGUGCCCUAUUUCAAAGGUUGGCUGAUGCGUUUAGCAGACCAUUCACCUUGUUCGUCCUUGUGAAGUGUGUCUCCAGGUUUGCAGCACUGCUUCGUUCUGGUAAUUUAUUGAUGCACUAUUUGUUUUGUGUUGUGAUGAUCAACUAUUAAAGAAUAAUGUAUGUGAAAAUAUGUAUAUUUGAGAGAGUAAUUAUGCAAAUCAACCUGAUCUCAUGUA